AUGACAACAACAAUAGCAAAGCAAUACACGCGCCUCCUCACUCUCUGGCCAAAGGAUGCCCUGCGCCCAAACCUGCCCUUCACCCGCGCAAUCGAGCACCACGGCCAGCCUUUUGGUGUGCAGCCCAUCACUCCUCCCUCCGAUGACGCCCCCAAGCCACAGUCGCCAGCAGCCUCAGCCACAGCUCCAGCCACUUCUUCACCCCCACCAAAUCCCAAACUCGAGCAGGCCCAAGUAAACGCCCUCUACUCGUUGCUCGAGAACAGAUAUACCAUAAAAUAUGCCCUGUCACCGGCCAUGUUCAAGCCGACGUCCGCUCCCGAGCACUACACAAAGUUGAUGGAAGAAAUCGACCGCGCCCCCAACAAGACAUGGUGGCAGUCCAAGGUCGACCAGUGGAAGAACAAGAUUCGAUGGUCAUGA